UGCAGCCCUAGAUAAUUUCCUGUUCUUCGCCGGAACUAGUUUCCCCUCGACUCGCUCCAUCGCCGGUGGGCUUGCGAGCGAUUUCCGCCUUACGAUUGACGGCGCGCUCUCGAGGGGAAAUUGGAAGUCAGAUAAGAGAUGGCUACAAAAGUCAAUCCUUCAUCUUCUGCUGAAUCUCACCAUCUGCAGUCUACUACAUCUACAGUUUCAGCAAGUACACAUAAGGUCUCCAUGUUGGGGGCAAAAUCUGGAUUUGUCAUACCAAAAAAUAAAUUAUCUGGUUCUUUGGUUCCUAUCAUCCGAGGUGGUGGAAAAGUAGAAGCCGGCAGUACUGCCAAAGAAGAAAGUACCAAACAAGUUCAGAGGAAAACAAAAUGGAGUGCUGAUCUAACACUAGAUGCUGCUGUCAGGAAAGGAAGAGCUUUAGCAUAUCAGACUCGACUGGAGCAAAUAACCCAACAACUGAAAUCUGGAGCUCUGGAGAUUGUAGAUGAUCAAGGUUCUCAGUCACCAAAGCAUGCUUCAAACCAUGAUUCUGCUAGCCACCAGUCCCAGAAGCUUGAGCUCUUGGAGUUGGAAAGACGAGAAGUUAUUGGCGAAAUAUUACGUCUAAAUCCUAGCUACAAAGCUCCAGCAGAUUAUAAACCAUUGCUGAAAGAAGCCAAAGUUCCUAUUCCUAUUAAAGCAUAUCCAGGAUACAAUUUUAUUGGACUACUAUUGGGGCCCGAAAGCAAUACACAGAAGCGGUUAGAAGAGGAAACGGGAGCUAAAAUAUCAGUAUAUGGAGCAAAAAAGGAUACAGGAGAGAAGCGUCAAAUUACUCAGUCAGACUUACCUGAAGCCCAGGGUGCUUAUGAGGAGCUGUACGUCAAUGUCUCAGCAGACACAUAUGAGAAAGUUGAUGCUGCUGUUGCACUGAUUGAGCUGCUACUUACUCCUGUAUCUGGUAGCUCAGCAGUUUCUUCAAUAAAUUCCACCUCUAUUGCUGGAUGCCAGGAGGAGACAGCUUCUGUUUAUAUGAUUUCGCCCGUGGCUGAUGUCAAUCAGGGUAUUCCGCAGCCGGUGCUGGUGACUGCUCAGCCUGCUCUACCACAGUAUCCACCAUAUCCUGCACCUUGGUAUCCAGUUGCCUCAUUCAAUACUCCACGUCCACCCUCUGGAUUCAUGCCUCCUUUGCCCAACUAUUCCAUUCGCUUUCCUCAAUCUCCUGCCGGUCCUCAUAGUGUUGGUCCUUUAAUUGGACAAAACCCUCCCUUUGGCUCAACUCUGGGGUCCUCUUCAGCUGUUGCCUCUAGACCUCAGUUACCUAUGCAAGCUAUGCCACAGCCUCUGAACCAGGCUACUCCACCUCGAAGCCUUCCCAUGCCAGCUCAGCAGCCCCCACCGGCAUAUACGGUUACACAAUCCCAGCCUAGUUCCACUGCACCUCCAUUCACGGCUUCUCAAUCAAUGCCUUAUGGAACAAUGCCAGCACCAAGACCACCUGUGCCUGUGAAUCCACAGUCGGUAUCCAUGGCUCCUGCAGUCCAACUUCCCAACAGGCCAUUAACAUCGCCUGCUAUUCCUGGUAGUUCUGGAUGGCCCACUGCACCUCCAUUUGUUCCACCAAUGCAAAGGCCACCUCAGAUGGCUCCUCCCUCGAUGGCUCCACCUAUGAGGCCUCAGCCAGCUGUUUCUGCAAUGCCCAUUGCUUCAGCCUCUUCUGCGUUGAAUAUGUCUUCUGGUGUAGCCAGUUGGCCUCCAGCGGUUGCUUCUGCACCUUCCCGACCAAAUAUGCCUGCUGAUGUUACCAAUAGGCCUCCACCAGCAAAUUUUGCCCUAUCAGCUGUGUUUCCUUCCCGGCCUUCUUCUGCUCCACCUUUUUCUUCAAUGCCUCCCCCAGGUGGACCUGUUUCAACACCAGUAAUGAUUCCAUCUACUUCUGGAGCACCAUUACGUGCACCUAUUCCCGCAUUGGCUCCGAAACCUCCACCAAUUCCUUCACCAGCACAGAGACCACCACCUAUGCUGGCGUCAGCAUCAUCUCCCAUGCUUGGUCCUCCACCUUUUGUUCCUCAAACUGCUGCAUUAGUUAGCCCAUCUGCCCCUAUUCUGGCUCAAGCAUCAGCUCCUUCCCAAUCUGUGCCGCCAGUAAUGGCGCGGCCACCUAUUCCCCUUCAAUCAGUAGCUACUGGACAAGCACCAAGACCAGCUCAGCCACCAAUGCCAUCACCACAACCACCACCUGCAGCACCUGUUUCCAAUUCUGUGAGCACGCCUAGUUUCACUCCUGUAACACCAGCAACAUCCACCGUCAAUACUACACCCAUUGCAGCUCCAAGGCCCCCCCGCCCGGUGUCCCGGUGAUUUUACCUUUCAACCUGUCAGAGCUCAAGUUCCAGCUUCUCCAACCACUCCAGGGCCCAGUAGUCAGUCUGUACCCCAGACUUCCAUUCGACUUGCUCCACCUCAAGCACCAUUCUUCCGGCCGGCUAUGCAAAACCCAACAUCCCCAGUUAGCACUCAAGGAUUUUCUACAUAUCUGGCUGCUAACCAAACAGGUCUAUCUCAAGCUCCCAUUCCACCAACACCAUCAUCUGUUGCCCCCUUCUCCGUGAAUCCAGCUGUCUUCCAACCAGCACCAAGGCUUCCAGUAUUUCGAAGCACAAAUCCUGGCCCACCAUUGGCUCCAGCAACUCAAAUGGGUCCACCAAGCUUUUCUACAGCACCUGAAGCAUCCAAUCUGCCCAGUAACAUGUCUGCCCAUCCAGUUAAUUUUAUGCAACCGCAUCAGAAUCCAUUGCCUCCAGUAAACAGACCCAGCAGUAUUAUGAUUCCACACCACCAAUUAGGUGGUAACUCUCCUGUUCUCAUGGCUGGUAAAAUCUCUUCAAGUUCUGGAGGGGGUAAAAUCUCUUCAGGUCCUGGAGGGAGUCAAAUCUAUGAUCCCUUCUCUCCCACAUCAAUUUCAUCAGCACAGGCAAUGCAGAGAGGUGAUCCUAUGAAGAUGAGAAAACCGGAGCCAGAUGCAGAGUAUGAGGAUCUAAUGGCAUCUGUAGGCGUGAAGUGAUUCAUCCUGUAAUUUUGUAGGUUUCAAACAAGGUUUCAACAGAGAGAUGAUUACAUGUCAUGCGGGGGUUAGAAUGUUAUGUCUUGGAGUGCGCUCGGACUUGAUGUCAGAGAAGAGGGGCCAAAUUAUCAGUUUUAUUGCAUGGCUAAGUGCGCUAGAAGUUAAACACACUAGCAGAGAGAUGGUUAAUGGACAGUAUCAUUAUUGAAGCCUUGCUGUUCACCUCAUGUAUCAUGUUGGAUUUUUUUCUUUUCUUUUUGCUAGGUUAUCAUUUUGGAUUUUCAUAUUAUUAAGUGAUCUUCUAUAUUUGGUGGUUUCAUGAGCAUUAGUGAUAUUGCUUCUGUUUUUUGUUUCCUUAUGUAAAUAACAUAAAAUUCCGACAGAGCCAUCCAACUAUAAACCUGGAGCUGUUGCAAGUUAA